AUGUCUGGAGUCAGCAAAGCCGGCAUUGAAACCACUGCUGAUGGGGCCUCCUACAUUCCCUCGUCCAAGCGUCCGGAUGGUUCUACGAGAAAAGAAAUCCGGGUAAGGCCUGGGUACAGGCCCCCCGAAGACGUCGAGACCUACAAAAAUCGGAGUGCCGAGGCAUGGAAAAACAGAGGGGGCGGAGGAGUCCCAGGAGUAGUGCCCGCUACUACAAAAGAUGAAGGACCGGUGAAGAGCAAGAAUGCCAAGCGUAGGGAAGCUGCUCGUAAGAAGGCCGAAGCGACGGAUUCUCCUGGGAACGAUCUUACCGCUGCCUUGCAGAACACCUCACUGGGCGACAUAGAGGAGAAAGAACAAGACUGGAGAGAUUUCACAAAAUUAGCAGGCGGCCUGCAGAAAUCAUCCCAUGACGAAGAAGAUCAGCAGAAGAAGAUCCGAAAUCAACUCAAAAGGCUCAAAGCUGUCCGAGAAUUGAAGGACAAAAAGGCUGCUGGAGAGAAAUUAUCCCACGACCAACUUAUGAAGAUUGGCAAAGAGAGAGAAAUCUUGCGUGAUCUGAAGAAGUUGGGAUAUGAUGAGCCAGAGCAGCAAUCAGAAACUUCGACGGCCAAGGAUGUGCGGUCAGAGGUACCAGGAUGA